CGAUAUGAUCUUUUUCUGAUUUAUAUAUAUAUCUUUAGCGCUUUUGAAACUUGAAGGCUUAAUCUGGUGCCAUUUCUAGUAAGCAAGAAAUUAAGUGAGUUUUAAUUUCUCCAUCGGAAAGUGAUAUGGCAACUUCUAGUAGCUUUAAUAAGCCCAAAACAAAGGGAAAGGAGUUGACUGAUGAGGUGUUUUCUUGGUCAUUUGAUGCUGUUCUCAACGAAGAUCAUUACAAGGGAAAGGUAAACAAAAUCGAAGAAAGAUUUUCAUCAACAAGUGAUUACGCCAAGUCGUUCAUCAAGCCACUACUUGAGGAAACACGUCAUGCUUUGAUGUCCAAAAUGAGAACAAUCUCUAGUGCCACUACUCGUGGGAUCAUCAACAUGUCAAGAUUCCCUAACAUAUAUUUGGAAAGUAAGGGCAAAAGUGGAAAAGGGUGUUAUGAGCCCGAGGUGGGAGAUCUCAUAGCUGUGACAAAUGGAAAACCAAGAUGUAUUGGUGAUAUCAAUCAAUCAAAUGGAAGUCCCUAUGUCAUUGCUUUGGUUCAAAGGGUCUUCAAGGAUGAUGUGAUCCAAGUAAGAUCCAAAAAACCCAUUGUUUUUAAUCGGAAAGAAUCUAUCAAUAGAGGGAAACCCAUGUUGUUUGUGGUUCAUCUUGUGAAUUUGACACCUAAUAUCCAUAUAUGGCAAGCUUUGCACUCUAAAUUGGAUGGGAAGAACAUAAAAAUCAUCAAUAAAGUACUCCAAAGUGACUCAAAGGGUAACAAAGAAUGUUCGCUAUGCUCCAUUCAAGAUUCAAAGAAAUCUGCUUCACUAAACUUACAACACACCAUGAACACUUUCAGUCUGAAUCAAUCUCAGAAAAAGGCGAUAUGGAGUUGCAUUGUUGCAAGAGAAUGCCAUCAUCAAGAAACUGUGAAACUAAUAUGGGGUCCACCAGGAACAGGUAAAACAAAAACAGUUGGCUGUCUUCUAUUCGCUCUAUUCAAAAUGAAAUGUUGCACAUUGACAUGCGCACCUACCAAUAACGCGGUGUUAGAGGUUGCAUCACGUUUUAUGAGUCUUGUAAAAGGUUCAUUAGAGUAUGAUACUUAUGGAUUUGGAGACAUAGUUUUAUUCGGGAAAGGUGAGAGAAUGAAAAUCGAUGGUUUUCCAGAACUCUAUCAAGUGUUUCUUGAUAAUCGAGUAUCUAUUCUUGUUCGUUGUUUGUCUCCCACGUUCGGAUGGAGAAGCAAGGCAAAUUCGAUUAUAGAAUUACUAAAAUACCAUCAAGAUGAAUACAAAUUGUACUUGUGUGAUAAAAGAAAGGUGGAUGAUGAAGCUAGCGAUGAUGACGAGUGGGAGAUUUGCGAGAAUGAUGGUUUAAAAGACGUACAUGGGAAGGUGAUAAUUUACGAAAAAGUGCUUAAAAUCAAGGAAAAGUUAUCUUUUGAGGAUUAA